AUUCUCUUGCAGGGAGGUGUGGUCAUUGUAGACAGUCCGGGCAUUGGCGAUUCGGAGAAAGUCUGUAACAUUGCGUUGGAAUUUUUGCCACAAGCCUUCGCCUUCAUUUACGUAAUCAACAGUCCGAAUGCCGGAGGAACGCAAGACGACAGGGUAAGUUGAACAUAGCACCCAUUUCUUAGUGACGAGUUCUCUUAAUACAGGUUCGUUUUAAGAAAAUAAGGGAAGAAACGUUUUGGAGUCCCUGACGCUUAUGUCUGCUUCAUAAAUAGUCUUAUACUCGCUGGUUCUUUGUCGUUAUAUCAUACCUGCGGGAACAGUUACGCGUUUCAUUCGCGUUUCAAGCGAAAUUUUGGUUACUUUCCAGUGAAGCGGGACUAGUAGAAAUUUCUGAAAAUAGCACGGUAUAAAGUUUCGAUUGGAUCCAACCGACCGGAGAAACCACCUUUAGGGUGCCUUAUGCCAGUUUCUGUGCCUAGCGAUGCACUCAUUAAAACUGCCCUUUUCCCGAGCAAUUUCUGGGUGCACCGAUGGGAAGCCUCCCGUGUAUAUGUGGACCAUAAAUUCCACAGUUUAGGAAUACAUGCACUCUAUAAAAACGAAUCACUAAACAAACUUACAGAGCCACAAGGUGGUUUUUUCCAACUUUCUACUCUCACGCAAACUAAAACAGAUGGCCUUUGCCAAACAUUUUGUGGUGAUCAUUCAAUAUUGUGUACCACUUAUCACUGACAGACGAUAACCUAAUAAAUACAAUGGUCUGGUUAUUUAUUUUCUUUUAGCUUAUGCGUAUUGUGAGGGAAUGGCAAAAACUAUACGGAGGAGACAAAUGCACCGGCCUCACUUCUGAGUCUGCUUUGUUCGUGUGCAACAAGUGGGAUGAUGUGGAAAGGCAAACAAAGGGCAAUCCGUUAGCCCAAAAAAAGAUUAAAUCUGAAAUCAUCUGCAAACUUAAGAAGCAAAUCCCGAAACUUAAGCAGAAAUCCCAGGUAAUUGAAAUGUCGGUGUUCACUGCAGCCCAAAUCCAGCAGAAGUUUGGUGUGAUGAGUGAUGGUUUAAGCAGCCUCAUAAAUGGACUUCAUCGCCUUCUUCCACUUUGUCUCGAGAAGAAAACCGAACACUUCUACAGGUAAUUUGAAUGUCUCGGGAGUGAGCUUAAUACGAACACCUCUUGGUUAAUAUUGAUAGUUUCCAUGUUACAUCAUCGUAAUGCAAAAUCAAAACCUACCAAGUCUUCUGAGUUCAUUAUCUUCAGGCACAAGAUCCCCUACAACCUUUAAUUAUCUUUUUAUCAGUCACGUGCACGUCAGCGAAAGUGCGACCGAAGACGGGGUCUCCUAAUAUAGAGCUGUCACUUACUGAAAAAACAGCGAAUAUGGAGAUGAGAUAUGCUUUGAUUGGGUUUGAUUUGUGCUUCCUGAACAGUCAAUGUUUUGGGGGAUUUCCUCAGUACUAAGCUACAGAAAUUUGGCUACAAAAGUAUGGCAAACAGUUGAAGCUACCGACGGAAAAGACUGGUAAAAAACAGUUUUUAACUAGUCAUUAAACCGACACUGAACCAUUGCUUUCAACCUAUUACAGAAAAUAUGGGAAGAUAUGUGUAAGACUUACCGUCGUUCGUGUCCACUUGACAUGGGGUCCAACCGUUUGACAUGGGGUCCGUUUACUGACAGAUUUCACCCUGUGCUGUUUUAAGCUGGAACUAACUUUUUUCUCACAAUUUAUUAGAAUGUCAAGUGGCUGUCUCAAGUCCUUAUCUGACCAGGUUAAAGUUGAACUUAAUAAGGCAAAACACAACCAAGAAGAGCGACGCAAAGCUCAACAAGACGUUGAAAAGAAGCUGGAUAAACUAAGACAAGGAUCUUUCUUAACGGAGACUGACAAAGCACUCUCCAUGCACUUGAACGAUAUUUCUCAGCAAGUCAGAUCCUAUUUACUACAGGAUGACGUAAAACGCGCAUUUUGCACAUGGGAAGAAAAGGAUCUGCCGCAAAUCGACGACAUUCAAAAAGCAAAUGUGAGAAAACGGAAAGAGAUUUACAGCCAAUGCCUUGAGCAACGUUUGGAAAAAUUUCUCCAGACUCUGAAAAAGAAGGAUGAACUAUUUGUCAAGGCUCACGAGGACUUGGAGGAGAGAUUUCGUCAAGAAUUCUAUGAAUUUGAGAAAGACGUACGAGACAUCGAUCUGGUCCUUAUUGGCGAAUCCACACACGAAGCAUUCCGUUCUCCCUUGGAUGCAAGAGUUAAGAAAUUCAUCUUUCUGACAAGCGUCGUUUUCAUGCCAGUUCUGUUCCCAAUUGGUUUAGCUGCAGGUGUUUUAUCUGCGCCGGUAAUUGGAUAUUUGGCUGUCGACAGAAUCCUGAACGAAAGCCGGUAUCAGAGAAACGAUUCCUGCCAAGUCCUAACAGAACUAUCCACGCGUUUCCUUCAGAGAAACAUUGACCAAGUAAUUUUCGAUCGAGUUUCGCAAGAAUUUACCGAAGAGAGGGAACGCAUAGAUAGUAUCAAGAGAUGCUAUAAGGAGCUGCUUGAGAAAUAUGAAAAGAAAUGCGAGGAUCUCACCAAAAGCGAAGAUGAAAAAACACGAAAUGGAAAGAUCAAGAUACUUAUUCCUUUGAACAUAAAGCUUGAGGAUAUGAGCCAAAACCUAACCUUUGAUGCCAUUCAGUAUGGAAUACGAGUGAUGUCCCCUUCCUGCGAAAUUGACAAAAGUAUACUUAGUUACAAGGGGAAACUUGGAAGUGGCUCUUUUGGCGAAGUUUACAAGGGAGAGAUCAAUCUUUCAAGGCGUGCAGGAAAAGAAGUAGCUGUCAAAAAGCUAAAAGACACUUCUCAGGCUUCAAACGUUGCGUCCUUCGUCAAAGAAGCAGAAAUACUGAUGUAAGCGAGUUUCUUUCACAGAAGAGUUGAUUCGCCCAAGGCUUACACUCAUUUUGCUUUCGUUGACGACCUUCCUUCCUUCCAUGUCUGUGGAAGGAACUGUUGGCAGGCGUUUUAGAAAAAAAAAAGAGAGAAGGGGCAAAAGGAGCUCUCCUUUGUUUUCUUGAACGCUACAUGUUACGCGCCCUACCUUUUGAUUACCUGCGACCAAAAUGUUAAAUAUUAAACUAAGAACUAAAACAGAGCUAAGCUUACCGGAAAAAAGGGCUUCUUUCGCUUCUUGGAAAACUAGUUUGUAAACCAUUUAAAAAUCGUCAAGUCUGAUCACUGAAUUGUGCUAAAAUAAGUUUAUCUCGAAGUUACAGGAGAUGAAAAUAUUAUUUUUUUGCAGGCAGCUAAACCAUACCAAUAUAGUGGCGUUUUAUGGAGUAGUUAUAGAUGUCGAGAACUACCAGCUGUGUUCCUUGGCCCUCGUCUUUGAGUUGUGCAAGGCAAGUCUCGAAAAUCACAUCUUCCAAAACAGGAAAAAUGUACCGUGGGAGACAAAGAGCGCAGCAGUUCUCACAUGCCAAUGGGGCAGUGAUAUUUUAGAUGCUCUGGAUUACAUUCACGGAAGGAGAAUCGUUCAUCGGGAUCUUAAGCUUGCUAAUGUCCUAGUAAGUCAUUUCAAUUAAAUUCUCCCCUGUAGCCUUUCAAACCGUAGAGGCAAACGAUUGUGUACACUGGAACCCUGUUGCAAACGAUGUCUUGUGUUGCUACUGAAAUGGAACGUACGCUUGUUUUGCUCAGUAACGUGCUAAUAAUGGUUAAAAUAACUCGUAAUAUAGACUUACUAUAAUAUUGUAUUGGAGUCCUUCUGGGAGACGACAAUUAGAGGCGCUGACCGCCAAACGAAUCUACAAGGCCAAGUUUUCUUAGAACUGACAUAUCGCGACUUUAAAAUAAAGCGUCAGUCGUCUACAUGACCAAAUUAGACCUAUAGUACCUCUUCCACAGGCUACCCAGGGCGUGGUGGGGAGCUCGGACUUGGGUGCUGGAGAUGAACGACAAGGGCGAGUGUGGAAUGAUGGGAUUGAUGGGAACGAGCACAGUCUCGAGCGGGAAGUAAUGGGAAAGAUUUCUCCCAACCGAUCACUCCCUUUGCUCCCGCUUUGCUUAAUGAUUAACUCAAAUAUCCCCAAAAUAUGAGAUCGCGAGCGCCCUCCGUCUCGAAAAGUACCCGGCGGGGGUGAGCGAUAGUAAGCGGCUGUAUUCGCAGCCGAUUUAUCAAGCAGUACAGUACAAAAAUCUACCCAAACUACUUUAAGGCCCCAAUUUGCCACUUAAGAAAAGGGAAGGGGACUGGAGCCGAAAUGCAUCCCGCAAUAGACCUUUUUACCGAUACGGCGGCCAUAUUGAAUUAUUAGAUUUAAGGAGCAUUCUGGGAUACCCAGGGGGCACUCGCUCAGUAUUAGCGCGCGUUUUUCUGGCAAAAAGAGAAUUUCAAUGUAUAUUUCUCGGGAAAAAGACGAUCAUUAUUACAUCCAAACACGGCUCAACGAUCUUUUUUUUUCCAUUACAAUCUUUUCUAGGAAAAUUUGAAGAAAAAUUGGCCCGAAAAGCGGGCGUAAAUACUAAUGCGAGUAUAUUGGAUCGUGUUCAUGCCCCCUGGGCAUCCAAUACUCCUUAAAUCCAAUUAAUUCAAUAUGGCCGACGUAUCGGUAAAAAGGUCUAUUGUUUCCGGGAUCGUUACUGGGGAAGCGCCAGUUAUCUAUUGGCCAAUUUUCUGACUGUCCCGAGUAACAAUCCCAGAAGUCUUUGCGAAAGUUUAAUCGGACCAGUUCCCUUCUCGUUUCUAUAAUAAUGAAUUUAUGUACGAUCAAUUUUUCUGAGAAGGAGAGACUACUUUGCGAGUUUCCAAAAACCGUUUUAUGUUUUGAGCUUAAAAAGGUUUAUGUAUAUGGUUAAAUAACAAAAUUUUUGCUCACAAGGUAUGAGAGAUAAAUGAGUUUUACUGACAGGUGCAUUUAUACGCGAAAUAACGAAUUAAUAGUGAAAGGGAAAUAGUUAUUUUCAUGAGAGAUAAUAUUCACUCGUGUUAUUUUGCUAAAUUUGCAUAAAAAUUGCUUAACAUUCGUUCAUAGAUUAACAAACACGAGCAAAUCAGAUUAGGAGACUUGGGGCUGGCCACCUUUAGAAACCAGAUAACGGGAUCAUAUUGUGGGUCACCAUGGUACAUGGCUCCAGAGAUAACCCUCGACAAGAAAAUCUACGAUUUCAAAGUGGACAUGUACAGCUUCGGAUUGAUGAUGUGGGAAAUGUGGUUCGGUGAAAGAGUUCGUUCUGAACCGAUAUCCUGCAGUCAAGAGGAGGUUACCCGACAAAUAAACGAGAGAAAACAACUCAGCGAAGGACGCGGAGGCACUCGCCACCCUCCUCCUACAGAAUGGAUCGAGUUGAUGGUGUGCCUUUGGAAUGCCGAACCAUGCGCUCGGAAAACGGCCACGGAAAGUAAAGAAUUGAUGAAGGAAGUUAAACUGUCCGUGAAGGAGGAAGAGCGAUAA